CCUGAUCGCCACUGCAAUUCAAGAUGGUAUGGCGAACAAGGAAAAAGGAAUUCUGUACUACAGUAUUGCGACAUGCGAGCCGGGCGACAGCCCUGCGCCCCACGUCCGCACAGUUGUUCACCGUGGCUUUGUCAACGAGCAGCGAGAUGCGCAAAGCAAGACCGGUGUCAAACCGUUCGACUCGUCGUUUGGGAGCAAUUCUUGCCUCAUCACGACAACGGAUGUGCGAGCACCCAAGGCACAACAGAUAACCAAAUGUCUUGAAGAAGCAAAGAUUGCGCGAGGCGAGAUAUCUUGGUGGAUGGAGUCCAAGAACCUGCAGAUUCGACUUGCAGGGACCCUGCACCUCCUUCCCCGCCCUGAUCACGGAGCCAUAAAGUACUUUGAUGGCCCGUCCCUCGCGCCACCGAGCUCCCCCUCGCCAUCAACCGACUCUGCCUUUGACUGGGCCAGAGAGCGUAAAAGAAUUUUCGAGAAACUUUCGCCAGGACUUCUCGCCUCCUUUGCCCGGCCGACACCGGGAAGUCCGCAUCCCAACAGCGCCAAUCUCUCCGCGAGAGGGGGCCCAGGUAGCCUCGAUGAGCGCGCGAAAGACAAGCUCGAGAGCCCGUGGCCAUUGGAGCUUCCUCAGCCGGGCAAAGAGGCCAGCGAAGAGCAAAAAGAGCUUCUGGCCGAGGCAGAGAAGAACUUCGCCCUCAUCAUACUGUCGCCCGAAGAGGUUGAUGUUCUUGAUCUCCAGAGCGAUAAGCGAAGUCUUUUCACCAGAGUACAGUCAUCACCCAACAGUGACUGGCAUGAAAAGAGGCUCGUGCCAUAGGAGAUUCAGACUAUCUAUUGUACUGUCCUGUACACUGCAGUGAAUCUUUUCAUCUCAUACGAUCCACUAUCGAUGCAAUCUCUGCCACAUCUAGGAGACCUCUCGUUCGCACGAUUGCCAGGGCAUCAUCAUUCGCAUUGGUUGCUGCUACCGUU